AUGUCCAGCGACUCCGCCCCGCGCAUGGUCCGUGUUCUCGCUCCGAGAAUGUCGCCGAUCGUUACGGAUGGGACCGUCAGUAUCGUGCUGACAGACGACUAUCGUCUCAGCCCCUACAUGCGGGAUGGAGACCCAGAUACAAACAUGCCCAGAACCAUCAUCCCCGAGAAACUCACCACCAGAUCGGCAAGUGUCCCUCUCCAGUACGCGCUAGGCAUUAACCUCGACGCCGCGAAGAUAUGGCUGGAAGAGUCGUUGCCGGAUGGCUUCCGAGCUAUGGACCCCAAUUGGGUUCUCUUCUUCGACUGUAAUCCUGACUUGAUGCUUGCUCGAUCGGUAGAGGAUCAGAAUGCGUACUUGGCUACGAGGGAUCAUCUUGGAUUGCCGGUUUUGCGGUGGGCUGCUGAUCUGCGAUAUCUGGCUGAACGGCAGGCGUGUGGGACUAAGGGCAGUGGUGAAGCUGUGUGA